CCGUCUAAGGUUCUCCGCAUCGCGUAUGCAUUUCGUUAAGCCGAGCUCACCUUUGCGCCUCCAGUACCGACCCGCCUUGACUUGCGCUUAAUUCAACACAUUAUGGCAGAUCCAAGCGGGUCUCAAGUUGACCCCCACGUGAAGGCAGAAGUCAAAGAGGAGGAAAUUGAUGCGUCGAUCGAAGAGAACAUCAAUCCAAAUCCUCAACCUGACUCCAUGAACCUAGACGGCGCAAAUGACAUGGAUGCCACAAUCGCCCCGGCGAACAUCGAGCCGCGAAUACCUGCAAAGAAAGAUGCCACGUUGAGAGAAUUUAUGAGCAAGAUGGACGACUAUGCCCCUAUCAUACCUGACGCAGUAACGAAUUAUUAUCUGUCCAUCGCUGGCUUACCACCGCCACCCCAGACAUCGCCACAUCUUGCGCGCCUCCUUGCACUUGCGACACAGAAGUUCAUCGCGGAUAUCGCGGCCGACGCGUACCAGUAUUCUCGCAUUCGGUCGUCGAAUACAAGCAGUGCCAAUGCUAUGGGUCUAGCACCUGGUGUACCCGGAGCAGCGGGAGGUCCUGCAGCAGGUGCAGCAGCUGCGUCAAAAGAAGGAUCAAAAGGAGCUGCACUUGGCGUACAAAGACCUGGUUUUGGAGGCGGUGGACAAGGCGGAGCUGGGCAGGGGCGAACUGUGCUUACAAUGGAAGACCUUGGGAUGGCUGCGGGCGAAUACGGAGUGAACGUGAAAAGGAGCGAAUUCUACAGGUGAAAAAGUGUCCAGCGACAAACUCUAAUCACCGAAGCGGAGAGAGAUGGCAGUCGCUACAGCAUCAUCAGGGAAAUCGCAUGGAAACGGGGAGUUUGGGAAUCUUCUUGUAGAUCACAAAGGAUGCUCUACACAGGAUGGCGCUUUGGUGUUUCUUCGGACUGGGAUGCUCUGUCGCUUCUUGUUUCUGAUGUAUAUCAAAUCUAUGAUGCAAAUGUUUACAUGUUUUACACCAUGUUAAUACAGAAGAUAUACGUCCGUAC